AUGGAGAACUUGCACCGUCAUCUACGAAAAAUGUUUCAGAUUCAUCGCCAAGUUCCACAUUAUCCAGCUCGUAACGAGAAACACUCGUCCUACUGUAGCAUACGUGAAUAUCACGUCACCUGCGGACCUGAAAAACAUUGCGAUCUGAGCUGUGAUAAUAUGUACAGUCCGCCGCAUUGCUACCACGAUCCCAACAAUUCUAAAUGUUAUUUUCCUCGAUGCCUUUGCAAGGACGGAUUUGUUCGCAACGAGCAAGGCCACUGUAUUUGGGAACAUAUGUGUCCUAAUAGAUACAGUGAGCCAAGUCGAAAUUCAACUGGCAACGAUGGAAUUGUGAUGGAGUUUGUGCCGUUCAUACGAGGACGUCAUCAUUCACUGAAAGAUGGCUAUCAGCGUCGUCAUCGUCAUAGACAUUAA